GGACCUUCGUCUCCUUCCAUUUCCAUGGUGGUAAAAGUCCAAUUCUUUUGACUUCUUCAGUGCCUCUCUCUGCAAAUAGUUGUGAGAAAAAAAUCCCUCCCUCCCUCCGUUGUUCUGUACACAUGGGGAUUUAAGUAGCUGAGCUCUGAUAGUACUCUCUGGCUCAACCAUGGCUUGCCCAUCAUCAUCAUCAUCAACACCGACAUGGAAGACAAAAGCAAUAUGCGACUCUACUUCCAAAAUCUCCUGCAACUUCAACAACCCCUCCUCCAUGUUCCUCUUCUUCUCCUCCAUUCCCAACCGACAUUAUAAACCACCCCGUUUCACUGCUUGCUCAUUAGACCCCUCCUCCUCUUCUUCUUGUUCUACAUCAUCAGCCCCAUCUUCUUCUUCUUCUUCUUCUUCUUCUUGGUCUACUUAUUAUGCAGCUACUUGCAGACACGUGAGAAGUAAAUGUACAGACAAUGAAAGGAUCCAUGAUGUGGGUUUCUCAAUUAUAAAGAAAGCUAAGGCACACAAUUCUUUGAAGUGGAUUGCUAGAAAGCGGCAUUUGUGGCGAAAAUUUUGGUUUGCAUCCAAGAAGAUGAGGAGUAUUAUCUUGCUCAAUGUCAUCACUGUUGUCUAUGCAAGUGACAUUCCAGUGGUGAAAGGUGUUGAAACUAGCAUGGAUCCAGCAACCUUCUCUGCCGUUCGAUUCGUUAUGUCGGCCAUCCCAUUUUUGCCAUUUGUCUUUCAAGCUCGAGAUGAUUUUAAGACACGCAAUGCAGGGAUGGAGUUGGGUUUGUGGGUGAGUUUAGGGUACCUUAUGGAGGCAAUUGGGCUACUUACAGCUGAUGCUGGGCGUGCAUCAUUCAUUUCUUUGUUUACAGUUAUUGUGGUACCUUUGCUUGAUGGCAUAUUAGGAGCAAUGGUACCUGCCCGUACCUGGUUUGGAGUCCUCAUGUCUGUUCUUGGGGUUGCUAUGCUGGAAUGCAGUGGAUCUCCUCCAAGUGUUGGAGAUCUUUUGAACUUUUUGAGUGCAAUAUUUUUCGGAAUUCACAUGCUUCGAACUGAACAUAUAUCAAGAAGCACAAAGAAGGAAAAGUUCUUACCACUUCUAGGAUACGAGGUGUGUGUCGUUGCUCUGUUAUCCACAAUCUGGGCUUCAGUGGGAGCAUUGUUUGAUCCUGUCCAUGGCUUUAUCCAAUCAUCAUGGACAUGGACAGAUCUACAGGAUUGGAUUGUCGCAUUUCCAUGGAUACCUGCUCUUUAUACAGGCGUAUUCUCUACUGGAUUAUGCUUAUGGGUAGAGAUUGCAGCCAUGCGUGAUGUUUCAGCAACAGAAACAGCCAUCAUUUAUGGGCUGGAGCCACUAUGGGGUGCAGGGUUUGCUUGGUUUCUCCUUGGUGAAAGGUGGGGUACUAUUGGAUGGAUUGGGGCUGCUCUUGUACUCGGUGGAAGCUUAAUGGCGCAGGUAUUAGGAUGUUUACCACCCAAUAAGUGUAUUAAAGAUGAAGAGGGUAAACAGAAAGGUGAUCUCCUGCUAGUUCGAGACAAGCAAAAAAUGCAAAAAGGUCUCUCUACUUCACCAGUUGUUGUCAGCACAAGGAAGGAUGUAAUAGAUUUGAUCAAGUGAUCCCUUCUAGUGAUCUUUAAUGUUUGUAUUAUAUUCAUAUUUCUUCAAAAGCAUAAAUCCUAUAGGUUAAUAUAAAUAUCAUAUUGGUAAAUGGUAUUCCAUUGAUGUUUCUUGUUGUCCUCAGUCUAUACCAAAUCUAUAAGAUCUGAGCCU